AUGUCACUGGACGAGUUAAAGUUGAAGGGAAAUGAAGCAUUCAAGGCCAAGGACUAUGAAGGCGCCAUUGAGUGGUACACAAAGGCUAUCAAUGUAAACCCGAAAUCUGAGGCCGCAGCGGCCCUGUAUUCGAACAGAGCAGCAUGCUGGCAAAAUAUGGGAAACUUCCCGAAAGCGUUGGAGGAUUCUGACAGCUGUAUUCUUUUAAGACCAUCAUGGCUCAAAGGUUUCUUUCGCAGAGGAGUCGCGCUUGAAAGUAUGAAAAAAUUUGACGAAGCAGUAAAAGCAUUUCAGCAAGCACUGAAGGUUGAACCUGGUAACGAGGAGGUACAAGAGAAGUUGCAGAAACUGAACGCCGCUCUGAAGGAUCGUGAUGAAAAGAUGACCCCCGCAUCAUGUAAAACCGCUGAUGAAGCCAAAGUCAUCGGCAAUUCUAUGUUUACCUCAGGGAAGUAUGAAAAGGCUGUGCUCUUUUAUUCACGUGCGAUUGAGCUUGGCUCUGAGAAAAAUGGAGAACUGGCUAACUACUACGCAAAUCGCGCGGCUUGCCAUCAGCAGACGCACAACUACGAGCUUGUCAUCAGCGAUUGCGACAAGGCCCUUGAGAUUGAUUCGAAACACGUCAAGGCACUUAUUCGCCGGGCUAUUGCGUAUGAAGGACUGGAGAAGUGGAAAAAGGCCCUGGAUGAUUACAAUCGGGCAAAUUCCCUUUCUCCUGGGCUGCCCACUCUGUCACAGGGUGUUCUCCGUUGCCAGCGUGCGCUAAGAGAUUAA